AUGAUGAAGGCCACCUUGAGGAAGAAUGAUCCGGCGUGUAAUCAUUUGGUGGCUCUGGCAUUGGCGGUGGCGGUCGCGGUCGCGGUAUUCGGCCUCGCUCGUCGUGCGGAGGCGGAGCCACAGUGCGCGCGGCGCGGCCCGGCUGCGCCGCCGCGGCCGCACAGCGUGACGAUCACCGAGUUCGGGGCCGUUGGUGACGGCGUCACCCUCAACACGGUGCCCUUCCAGAACGCCGUCUUCUACCUGCGCUCCUUCGCCGACAAGGGCGGCGCGCAGCUGUACGUUCCCAAGGGCCGGUGGCUCACCGGCAGCUUGAACCUCACCAGCCACCUCACCCUCUUCCUGGAGAGUGGCGCCGUCAUCGUCGGCACCCAGGAGGUUUCACAGUGGCCUGUUGUUGAACCUUUGCCAUCACAUGGACGAGGAAUGGACCUUCCAGGUUCGAGGCAUCGAAGUUUAAUAAAUGGGCAGAAUCUAGUUGAUGUUGUUAUUACUGGAAACAAUGGAAUAAUUGAUGGCCAGGGUUCUACAUGGUGGAACUGGUUUCGUUCGAAUAAGUUAAACUAUAGCCGCCCUCAUCUCGUGGAGUUUGUAGAUUCUGAGCAAAUCGUCAUUUCGAACAUAGCAUUUUUAAAUUCCCCUGCUUGGAGUAUACAUCCAGUGUAUUGCAGCAAUGUAGUGGUCCAUAGUAUCACAAUUCAGACUUCAUUGGAUGCUCCACUUAAUCAUGGAAUCGUUCCAGAUUCAUGCUCAAAUAUGUGCAUCGAGGACAGCAGUAUCAGGGUUAGCCACGAUGCAAUCUCAUUAAAAAGUGGGUGGGACAAGUAUGGCAUUGCUUUCGGAAGGCCAACCUCAGACAUUCACAUUAGCAGAUUGGAUCUGGAGUCCUCAUUGGGUGCUGCUCUUGCAUUUGGGAGUGAGAUGUCUGGCGGGAUCUCGGAUGUUCACGCGGACCACCUCCUUAUCCACGGUUCGUCCAAAGGCAUCUUCUUCAAGACUGCGCUGGGCCGUGGAGGCUAUAUUAGAGAUACCGUGAUCUCAGACAUCCAAAUGGAAGACGUUAAAGUCGCCAUCGCGUUCACCGGUGAUUGGUCAAGCCACCCAGAUGACCAUUUUGAUCCGGCCGCGUUCCCAGUGAUCAGCCACAUCACCCUGAAGAACAUGACUGGGACGAAAAUCUUAGUCGCCGGCGUUUUGUCAGGAAUCGCUGGUGACCCAUUCACCGAUAUCUGCCUCUCCAACAUCAAUUUCUCGCUGGCCGAUUCGGCCAGUUCCACCUCCUCCUGGUCUUGCUCCAACAUCUCCGGAUACUCCGAGCUUGUCUUCCCCGAGCCUUGCUUGGACCUGCAAACCCCAUCCUCGAAUUCUUCCAGCUGCUUCACCCUCCCUAGCUUCCAUGCCGCCAUCGCACCAGCGAAAAUGUAUAGAGUACAGAGUGUUCAUCCUUCUUCCUAUUCCCCGCUCCUUGUACAAUUCCGAGAAUCUUUCAAGUCUUUUCCUCCCGUCUCCAAAAUUCUUUAA